UAGACGUCGUUGGACUCUUGAUUACCGAUCGAUCACAAGGGACAGUUGCCUAUCUUCACAUGCCACAAAGCAAAAUGAUUAAUCUAUGGAAACUCAUCGCAAUCGUGCUGUUGCUUGGUAACAGGAUCACUGCAAAUCCUAUAGAACUGAAGCCUGCCGUGGCCACAGAGUUUAUUAUACUCCACAACAAUGACAUACAUGCCAGGUUUGAGCAGACGAAUGUCCACAGUGAAACUUGUUCGCCGGAGGAUGUCGAAAGGGACAAAUGCUACGGCGGCUUUGCCCGUAUAGCCAACGUAGUUCAAAAAUAUCGAGCCGAGGCUAAAAAUGGAGGCACCCCAGUAUUUUACUUGAAUGCCGGCGACACAUAUGCUGGCACAGCGUGGUUUACACUUUUUAAAGACAAAAUUGCCAGCGAUUUUCUUAAUAAACUGCAGCCAGAUGCAAUGUCCCUAGGUAACCACGAAUUUGAUGAGAAAGUAGAGGGUCUCGUAACAUUUCUAAAUGAUGUAAGUUUCCCCGUGGUGGCCUGUAACCUGAAUCUUGCGAGGGAACCUGAACUGGCUGCCUCUAAGCAACUAGUCAAUUCGACUAUUCUCGAUGCAAAUGGCACAAAAGUUGCUGUGAUUGGGUACGUCACGCCGGAAACAAGAUUGCUGUCAGUAAAAGACAGCAUGGAAUUCAAUGAAGAAAUCGAUUCAAUUAACACAGAGGCGGCCAAACUAAAGGCUCAAGGCUUUAAAAUCAUCAUUGCCUUGGGACACUCUGGUUAUCAAAAAGACCAGGACAUAGCCAGAAGUUGCCCUGAAGUUGACCUUGUUAUUGGCGGACACACGAACACAUUUCUGUUCAACGGAGAGAAGCCAAGUGUCGAAAGUAUUGACGGUCCUUAUCCCACCGUAGUUACACAGAAGAGUGGUAAAAGAGUUCCCGUGGUGCAGGCCUACGCCUACACGAAGUACUUGGGUAAACUUCACGUGAAGUUCGAUAAAGAUGGAAAUUUAAUCGAGUUCGAUGGUUUGCCCAUCCUAUUGGAUUCUGGAGUCGCGCAAGACAAGGAAUUGCUUAACCUGUUGGAAGUUUACCGCGAGAAUGUUACGGCCCUAGAGAAGUCCAUUGUGGGGCAUAGCAAGGUGUACCUUGAGGGACGUAAGACCGUUUGUCGGUUGGUCGAGUGUAAUAUGGGAAAUCUAAUUACCGAUGCAAUGGUAUUCAGCAGAGUUAUGGAAGAUCAGGGCGGUGAUUACUGGACAGAUGCGUCUAUUGCCAUUCAUCAGGGCGGCGGCAUACGCAGCUCAAUCGAAUGGAAGUCCGAUGGCAUCAUCACUCAGAGCGAUCUGUUGGCGGUCCUUUCUUUUGAUAAUGAUCUGUAUGUCACAAGAAUCAGUGGAAAGACCUUACGAAAUGCACUCGAAAAUUCGGCCGCGGCUAGAUAUAAGCAUUCCGACGGAGCAUUUCUUCAGGUAUCCGGCAUACAUGUGGUCUACAAUCCGGAUAUGCCAGAAGGUAAUCGGGUUGCUUCUGUGCAGGUGCGUUGCGCCAGUUGCACGGUGCCAACCUACAGCAGUCUGAACGAGACCUCCUACUACAAUGUGAUUGUGCCACAGUUUAUACUGAAUGGCGGCUUGGGUUUCAUUUUGGUGGAAGAAACGAACCCGGUUACAAUACGGAUGCAAAAGACUAUUGUUCAAGCUGUUCGACAGUACUUUGAAUACCAUAAAUUUGUGACUCCGGAAGUAGAGGGCCGCAUUGGGUUCAGAGGUUCAAGUUAAGCCGAGCUCUUCUUUUGUAAAUGAAAUCUAUGAAUUCUUUUGAUAGCUGGAAUUUAGGCAUAUCCUAGCAAGCAGUCUUAAAUAAAUCCUUUUACUU